AUGGAUCCCACGUCCCUGAGUGCGCCGCCGCCGUCGAGCAUUCCAAGAGACUUCAAACUGUUGGAUCCUCCGUUUUUGCUGGCAGACUUGCCUCAGGGUGGGCGGCUGCACCGCCAGCAGGGGCGCCGCAGGUACAGCGGCGCGCUGCUUUUCAUGGUGCUCUCGAGCUUGGGUUUGGCCUUCAGCAUUUUCGGCGUGAGUCGCCAGCUGCAGCAUGGGGAGCCCGGCCCCCUUGCUGGGGCCGUCAGGCCGGGUCAACAUUCAAGUGCUGCGCAGCAGGGCCGCCCCGUGCUGCGGAGGGUGGAUGAUGAGCGGCGGCUGCCGCCCGAUGCUGCACGGGGGAAGCAGUAUUUGGCUCAGGCGUUGUCGGCGCUGGAGUUGAAGAAGGCACAGGAAGUCAGCGGCCCCCCCGCCUCUGAGAACGCCCGCGAGGCGCUGGAAAUGCUCGCGUACCAUUUGUCUGGCGGUUUCUCGAGGAAAAUUGUUGGCCAGACUGUGCGCCUUGAAGAAGUUGCACCUUUUGACGAAUCUGUGACGCAGACGUUCGGGACUGAGUAUGAAGUGACCCGGUUUCUGGGCGAGGGGCUGUUCUCGUUGAUCCUGGAAGUCAAAGACAAGGAAAGCCAGCGCUUCUUCGCGCUGCGGGUACCCUUUGGAGCGAACCAAGAAGAUCAAGCAAGCAGGUUAACGUCAGAAGACGAAGAAGACGAAGACUCAAACGAGGAAGGGGAGUCCACAGAGGAACGCCUGACGGAGGCGCUUUCUGAAUUGCUUUUGGCUGAAGAGGAGGGUAUACGCACAGCCCUGGACAAGACUCCCGCAGCUAAGGGCGCCUCCCACAGAGGAAUUGCAGUGCCGCUGGCGACAGCGGAACUCGAAGAUAUGCCGGCGGAUCUGUACGCUGAGGGUUUGGUUGUUUCAAACAAAGUGCAGCUGACGGAGCUCUUCUACGGGGACCUCGAGACCCUUCUAGAGCAUAGUCCGUUGCUGCCGCUGGACGCGAAGAUCUACAUUGCACAGCGCUUGCUCCUGCAGGUGUUGCACCUGCAGGAAAUCGGCGCCUGCCAUAACGACUUGAAGUUGAGCAGCUGCUUCAUGCGGGCCGACGGGUCGUUCCUAUUGGGUGAUUUCGCCUCCAUUAAUGUUGCGGGGACGGAAGCAGGCAAAUUUGUCGGCGCCACGCUGGCUUUUACUGAGCCAGAGCUUUUCAUGAACAUCAGGAAGGGCAUAGAAACGGCAACGCCAGUGGUGCCGGAGGCGAGGAGUGAUCUGUGGUCUCUGGGUGCUCUUCUUUAUGAACUGUUUACGGGGGAUCUGCCGUACGGUUUGUCAGCACCCGCGCAUAGCAUGGACCGUCUGUAUAUUCAUUUCACUGAGCUGCUACAAAGAGAUAUAUCAAGUGCUGUGCUCGUCCCGGAGAUGGCGAAGUCGCACGUGCCAGAGCGGUGGCAAGAGCUGCUCACUAGGUUGCUGCAGGUUAAGCGGGAAAAACGUAUAACCGCGGAUGAAGUUAUAAAGGAAUUUUCAGACCUCUGGCAAUAA